AAGUUGACUUAGUUUAGUCUUUCACCUCGUGCGCGCAGCAUUGUAUAUGAUUUUUUACCGAGUUUUUUUUUGUCUGAUAAAAAUUCUUUUUUUAUUUCUGUUGUGAAAAAAAUAUGUUUGAUUCAUGUUCGAUUUGUAAUUUUAAUUUUGUUCAAUGUUUUAAAUUAACAUCUUGAUUUGGGAAUGGUUACGAGAGAGGAGAAGGAAAAACAAAACGAUGUGUUAGUGUGAACAUUGAAUCAACCGAAUAAUUUAAAAGGACCGAAAGUGAUUUAAUUGCUACCAAAUUCAAAACAAUAGUUUUUUUUUCGUAUGAUUAAGUUUCGUUGUUGAUUUUUUUUUAAAUAGUGUGCAAAUGCAAUCAUUACUCACCGCGAACGUGAUUGCAAUACCAACUUUUAAUGAUGUUAAAUCGAAAAUAUAAUUUAAUUUCUGUCUCGACCACUGUUGUGCCAUUUAUCGAGUAAAGCUGAAGAGACAUUUUUGUUUCUCUCGUCUUCUUCAAUUUAUUCAAUCAAAACAAAAGUUGAAUUUUAUUUGAAGAAAAGUUGAUAGAAAAGAAAACAAAGUCUUUCGAUUGAAUAUAUCUUUAUCCGGAACAAUCAUUUCCAUAAAACGAUCAGCUACUAUCAUUUCGAUCGAUCGUACAGGUUUACUACGUCGAAAUGACUAGCAUAAUGUCGCACGGUAAAUAUCGCCAACGAACAAAUUCGAUUCCCACACUGUUCGCAUUGGAAGAAGAGUGUAUACCGGGAAGUGAAACACACAAUGGCAUACCGCCAAAGCCGCCCAGACGUAGUUCACUUGCACUAAAUCUACUUGGAAAUCGCGGACCUAAUCCGGAAAAGCACACUAAGCGACGCAGUUCAAUUGCUGUUGCAUUUUUAGGGAGACACAAUAAGCAUAAAGAUGCAUCGUAUGAGGUUGCUGUGAUAAGUGAAAAAUCAGAUAGUACGCAAGAGAUUACCCGUAAUAAUGAUGGCUUAAAAUGGUCAGAAGACGAAACUAUGGAUAAUUCGGAUGAAGACGUAGAAGAGGAAGAGGAAGAAGAAGAUGAUGAUGUAGAAAAUGAUGAAACCAAUGACGACGAGUACGAUGAUAAUAAACAAAAUUCCAGCAAUGACGACACAAAUAAAACCCUGCAAAAAGUUGUUAAGGAAAAACGUCGCCGCGAAUCAUGGCAGAUAAAAUUGGACCGUAGACGUCGCAAGGGUCUUCUGUCAUCCAAUGAAGAUGAUGAGAAAGAAGAGUAUGCAACACCGCCGGAAGGUUAUGGGAGACAGAAACGUCAUUCGUGGUGGAAUAUUUUUGUGCCAGAAAACUUGAAACACAGGUCACGUAGAGCAAGUACAGACGUUGGCCUAUCAUUAAGUUCUGACAAUAUAGCUCCUCGUCCAUUCAGGAGUAAAUCAAGAAGUGUUGAUCAUGGUCUUGCAGCUCCAUAUGAUUUGGAUUCACUAAGGUCGAAGGUCGAAGGACGAUUUGAUAGUGUGGAACGCUUAUCAAAAGACGGAAAACAGCGUGGAUCCAUACCAAGCAUUCCAACCAAAUCAUAUACGGUUGGAAAUCGGGACACACUUACAUCCGUUGCUGCUCGUUUUGAUACAACACCCUCCGAAUUAACUAGUAUAAAUAAGCUAAAUAGUUCAUUUAUUUAUCCGGGACAGCAAUUGUUGGUACCGGAUAAAUCAGCUGCACGGGAGGACGGUGACGAUGCGUCCGGCAAGUCUAGCCCAACCGACAAAACGAGAAAGUCGUCUAGUGAUGAAAUACCACUUGAAGAGAAAGAACUUCUCGAUGGCUUGCGUCCAUCAUCACCGCGGCCCGGUCACAUGGAACGAAUUUCUUCGCCAAAUGUUCACAAUGAUGACGAUCCAGUUAUUACACAACGUUUCCUUAAAAUUAAUGUGCGCCAUAUCACCGACGGACAGGGUGUUGUCGGUGGAGUUCUACUGGUAACGCCGAAUGCUGUUAUGUUCGAUCCCAAUGUAUCCGAUCCGUUAGUCAUUGAACAUGGUCCGGAGAGUUAUGGCGUUAUUGCACCGAUGGAAUUAGUGGUGAAUGCUGCUAUUUUCCACGACAUUGCUCAUAUGAAAAUUUGCGGUGACUCAAAGUAUGUAUCAAACACACACGUUAACCCUUUCGUCCGACAACUAAUAAUUGAUGUCCUUCCUUCCAGCAGUACAGAGAAAGCUGAAAUUUAUUACCCGAAACAGUAUAUUCGUUGCGAGUCAUCACAUUCACCCGGUAAAGAUUCUCUGCUGGUUAAGGAUGAAACAUUCCCGGAGCUCGGCGUCACUGGAUCAGUUGAAGGAUGUGAUGAUCAGGAGAGUGUCUGCUCUAGCAACGAUCGGGAAGGUGAUGCUUUCCCGAAAGCUUUUGAACGAGAAUUGGUCACACCGACAAACUUGCAGAAAGCUCAUGCCGAUUCGACUGAAAGUUGCGGUAGCGCUGACAAGCCCUCGUCCACAGAACCACCAAAUAACAAUGACGAUAACGAAACGUCUACCGCUGAUCAAACCAAAGAUAAUAAGGCCGAGGAUGUGAUAAAUUCUACAGUCAAAACUGACGAUGAAAUUAAUUCUCUCGGAAAGGAAUUACGGUCACUAGAAGAACGGCGACGAAGUCUCUUAGAUCAUCAUUGGGCCGUGCCAAGCAAAGAAAGCAGAUCGAUUGAAGACGACAGCAUCGAAAGUACCUGUCCGGAAGUUCCAGUUGUCGUGGCUAGUUCACUAGAUGAAAGUAACAAUUUGACCAAACAGAGUUGUCACGACUCGGGCAUUGACAUACGUGACCCACCAUUGCCGCAAGUACCGGCGAAAAAGAAUUACAGUGACGCAGACAUCAUUCUCAGUUCGGACUGGGCACCACCAUUGACUAUUGCACCGGCCCUGUACACGGAAAGUCCACCAAGCAUUUUGAAUGCUCAGAGUCAAGCGCAAUCGCAAAAUUUGGAGAGCGGUGGACGUAAGAAAACGUCUAGUGUGAGCUUUAGCGUUGAAGACGGUGUCGGCAGCAGCGCCGAUCACAGUUCGAGCAGUGAUAAGAGCUCCGACAAUAAGAAGAACAAAAUGCUGAAACGAUUGUCGUAUCCGCUGACUUGGGUGGAAGGAUUGACGGGUGACGGAAAACCGGCUGAGACUGAAUCGGCACCGAACACCGGAGAUUCCAAUCAGAGCGUUUUCUCCAAAGUCUUUUCGAGGCGCUCAUCAAUCGGAACAUUCAUCAGACCACACUCAUCGGAAGGGACACAUCCAACGAAACCAAAUAAGGCACCACCACCCAAACUGGAUUACAGGUCGAUGGUAUCCAUUGACGACAUGCCAGAAUUAUUUGUCAGCUUUGAUAUGAGAGCACCACUGUUUCCACAACUCGAUAAACUCGAACUGAUUCCUCGGCCAGCCCGUGCAUGUGCCGAUCCGCCAUUAUAUUUACGCUUACGAAUGGGUCGACCAAUUGGCAAAGCAAUGCCACUGCCGACGGCUGUUAUGUCGUACGGUAAAAAUAAAUUGAAAACCGAAUUUAUAUUCAGUAUUCCGAAAAAUCGUACCGACGAAUUGUAUCGAUUUUUGAAUACAUGGGUACCCCAUUUGUAUGGCGAAUUGGACGAGGAACAAAUAACGGCACGCGGUUUCGAAUUGAUCCAGCACGAUACGGAAUGGGUGAAAGGGGGCCAGUCCAAGGAUGGCCGAACCAAUAGCGAUGGAGAGGAUAUUACUGAAUUGACACGAGAAUCGUGGGAGCUGCUUAAGGCGCCAUUCGUUAAAACAUACCAUAUUAUCAAAAGUCAAACUGGAUCCAACGAUUUGGAAGGUUGCGAGGUACUGUCGAUGAGUACGGAUGAAUACAGAAAGGCAUCAUUGUUCGCGUCUGGAUCAUUUGAUUUAGAUUUUCCAAUACCAGAUUUAAUAGGAACAACAGAGAUAUUGACUGAAGAACACAGAGAAAAACUUUGUGGUCAUUUACCUGCCAGAGCCGAAGGUUAUUCAUGGUCAUUAGUAUUUAGUACAUCGCAGCAUGGCUUUUCUUUAAAUUCAUUGUACAGAAAAAUGCAACGGCUAGAGAGUCCAGUAUUAGUUGUUAUUGAAGAUACCGAACACAAUGUCUUCGGUGCUCUGACAUCAUGUUCGUUGCAUGCGUCUGAUCAUUUCUACGGUACCGGUGAAUCGUUGCUGUUCAAAUUCAAUCCAAGCUUUAAAGUUUUCCAUUGGACCGGUGAAAAUUUGUACUUUAUCAAGGGAAAUCCAGAGAGCUUAUCCAUCGGUGCUGGAGACGGCAAAUUCGGUCUAUGGCUUGAUGGUGACUUAAACCAAGGUCGAUCGCAAAAGUGUAGCACGUACGCGAAUGAGGCAUUAGCACCCGAAGAAGAUUUUGUUAUAAAAACUCUUGAAUGUUGGGCAUUUGUUUAAAUGAUUUUUGGAAUUAUAAGAAAAUUAAAUAAAUUUACCGAGGAAAGAGAAUAUUAAAAAAGACACAAACAAAACUAUAAAUUUGUGCAUCUAUCUAUAAAAGAAACACACUAAAACUGAACAGAAAACGUUUUUAUACGAAUAAGAAGAAGAGAAAUUAUUUUCGCUAAAAUUGAUAUGGAGACGAAAAUAAUGGAAAAAAAUGAAACUUAAAUAAGGAGCAAGUCUAAGAUUAAGUUUAGAAAGUAAAAAUUAUUUAAAGAGGAAGAAGAAGAUGAUGAUGAUUAGUAGAAAAGCAUAAUUCAGUGUUAUUUCGCUAUAGGUUUUAUUGCAGGUGAAACAUAUCGUUUCAUUUGAACAAUUCUUUGUUUUGAUGAUACAUUAUUCAGUAGCGAAUAAAUGUUUUUUCUGGAGAAAAGACAAACACACGAAAACAAUACUAAAAUCAAUCAGUCCAAUGAUUGAAUCCAAUUUUCAAUUAAAAUGAGAAACCUAUAUACAAUACAUAGUCGUAACGUAACACACAUGGAAAGUAAGUUGAUUUACAUUUGCUUUGACCUUACUAAACGAAUAAUUUUCAGUUUUCAAUUGAUUAAAUAAAAUGAAAAAAUCAGACACGCGUUCCGUAACCGAUAAGUGUGGUCAAUGAGGUUUUUAAUUCAUAUGAGCGUGGUGAAACGUGACUGCACAAGUGUCGUGUGCUAUGACCAGUCAGAGCACAUUGAUCAACAGAUUGCAAAAACAUGAAUUAUUUUCGGA